AUGGACGUCAACGUCAUCAUCGAGGAGACCGCCAAGGAUGCUGUCGCCGAAGCCGCCAGAGCCGCUGCUGACGAGGCCUCCAAGGAUGUGCAUGAAGAAACCGCCAAGGAGUCUGCUGGGGGGGGGGCAGCAAGGAGACCAGCGACCGUACUGACAGCACUCCUGCCGCAAGAGCGCCUGGUGCUGCACCGGUCCUGGAGCCCCCAGUUGCCGGGUGCUGCAGAAGAGGCUCGCCUAACGGCACACCGCGUCGGGCUUGAUGCUCAUGAAGAGGACCUUGCCGCUCAGGAGGAGGUGCUUGCCGCCAAGCUCCGCGGCAAGGACGAAGAAAUUGAAAAGCUUCUCGCGCAGCAGACCCAAGAGCUGGAGCAAAAACACAAGGAAGCACUUGAAGCUUUGGUCUCGGACCACACCGGCAAGCUGAAGGAAGCCAUCAAUACCGCCGAAGCUGCAGAGGCCGCCAAGAACGAGCUGGCUGACAAGGUGAAGAAGCUGGAGGCGGAUCUGGAGGAUCACGGCAAGGAGAUCUCGAUGCUCAAAGAUAACAGAGAGAAAACUCUCUACGACUUGGAGGAGAUGCAAACUGCCAUAUCCGAAAGGACCAAGAAACUCUCCUCCGCCAAUGAAUCCAUUGCCGAUCUGGAGCUGAAGCUGACCACGCUGAAGGAGUCCCUUGAGAGCAGCAGGGCUCGCGAGAAGACUCUGACCAAAGACCUUCGGGACGAGAAGGAGCUGCUGGAGAGUGCCGCCGCCACCUAUAACGACUAUGACAAAGGCGUGAAAAUCUAG